AUGUCUCAAUGUCUGAUGUCUGAUAUAAGAAUCAGUGGAUGAUGAGCCACACAUUACUUCGUGCAGUGGAUGCAACACAGUUCUUCUAAAGCAAUGCAGCUAUUGUGGAUUACGACUUUACUUUUGUCAGCAGUAGCUGCUCGUCGUGGUGACGAUGAUCUGUUGAUGACACAAAUCCCAGAAGAUGGAGAUGAAGGGUCAGGUGGAGGCUCCAGCCACCCAGUGUUGGAUUUGCCCCCUUGCCACCCAAACAAGCCAGGAAGAAGACCAAGUAAUGGAAAUCCAUGGGGACCCAUGAGAGGGAAUGGCUGCCGGCCAGAGAGACCUGGGUUUCCCAUUAGGGGCAAAAGACAGGUUCCUGGUGUCAUGCCAAGAGGCCCUCGCUUUGGGCCCAGCCGGCCUUUUGGGAGACCUGUAGGACCUCCAAGAGGCGAUGGGUUGCCCUUCAGUAUGAACCCCAGUUCAGUGGUUUUUUCACCUAUUUUCAAGGUUGACAAUGUGACAUUUUCGAAUGUCACCAGUGUAACCCUGACAGAGGGAGAGAACGUAUUUAUGAUGUCAAAGAGUGGUGGAAGCGGACAUCAUCAUCAUCAUCAUCGUCAUCAUCAUCAUGCGGGAGGAAAGCACGGGCCUUCAGGGAACAUGCAAUAUGUGAAGCUGAUCUACAACGCCACACGGCCGAACGAAGUCUCUGUUGAGUAUGGGGUUUUGAAUUGUACUGAAGCAGCCUUUCCCAAAGGCUCUUUGUCGAUGAAGCUCUGGGAUAUUUUUGGAGUGGACAACAACAGAGAAUAACUAACAACUGUAACUGGAAGAAACCACCAGCUACAAGUUUUAUCAACAAACAAAGAUUAUUUCUUUCCUGUGGUAUAUUCUUGAAAAUCACUCCUGUAAUUUGGCAUUUUCCUAUAAAAGCUUAACAAAGUACCACAAUAAAAUCCUUAAGCAAA